ACUCAAUCAAUUAUUAAAAGUAUGAGUGUAGUGACACAAUAGUCAUCCAUCCAUUUUAUAUAUCUUUCUCAAAGCAGAGCAUGUGAAAUUUGUUACCACUUUCCACCGCCAUAACUCUUCUGCAUAUCUAUAUAACAAACCCAAAACCUCGCAACAAUUUCAAUUAACAACACUCUCUUCUUCUCUUUCACUAGAACAAGAAAAAUGGGAAGUUUAGAAGAAGAUGAGUUGGUACAAAUGGUACAAGACUUUAUAGAAUCUGAUCAUUCAUCAAAUUCACCUACAACUUUCAUCACUUCCUCUAAUCAUCACCCUUUACACAAUAAAACUCAAUAUUUUAUUUUGCAGGAUAUUUUAAGGAGUGAUACAUCAUCAUCAGAAGCUAAGAUUAUGAAGUAUGUUUUAAAACAUAUGAGUGGUAAAAAUGGUUAUGAGAAAACAACAAUUCUUAGUAGAUGGCUUGUUAAGAGAAUGAGAAAGGAUGGUCUUAAUGCUUCUCUCUAUCAAACAUCUUGGUCUACCUCCUUAGGAUGUCCUGCUGGUGAAUAUGAAUAUAUUGAAGUCAUAAUUGAAGAUGAGAAAAAUAUUAAUGAUCCUAUGAGGCUUAUAGUAGACAUAGACUUCAAGUCUCAAUUUGAACUUGCAAGACCAACAGAAUACUACAAAGAAUUAACAAACUCACUACCAUUAAUAUUUGUUGGAAGAGAAAACAAAUUAAGCAAGAUAAUCUCUUUGCUAUGUUCAGCUGCCAAACAGUCCCUAAGAGAAAAGGGUCUACAUGUACCACCAUGGAGGACCAAUGCAUACAUGCAAUCAAAAUGGCUCUCUAAGUGUCAUAAAGAGCUUAAUAUUAUUGGUAAUAGUAACAAGGUAGUUUCUAUAAUGAAGCCAAAGAAAAGAGAUUUGGGUGGUGGUGAAUCUGAAUUGUCUAGUCAAUUAUCAAACAUGAGCAUAAAUUGUUGCUAGCUUAAUUAUGAGGACUUGCCAAUUUUGGUCUUUUAUUGAUUUUGAUGGUUCACAUUUUCA